AUGGAGAACGUGAACUUGACUUCUCUCCCUCCUUUAAUGCUUCAUAAGAUUCUCUCUAAUGUAGUAAAGACCAGUAUCCGGAACUUUGGUUCUGCAAGGAUUGCUUUUCCCGGGUUCAAUGAAGUUGGAAUAGAUGAUCACUUCUAUAGAUCGGCCAAUCUCAUUUACUUCAAUGAAUGGGCAGACGAGCUUAAAUGCUACCGUUUGGGUAAUCCUGAGGCCAUCUACCUGAGAGGUAUGUACGAGUUCUUCUUCCUCCAUUUACUUGAUGAAGGAAGGGAAAAUAUACAUCGUGCUGGUGAGAGAGGGUUCGUGUUGGCACAAUUUGUAGAUGUUAUGCUGAAUUUAGCCUUUAGCGUUGAUGGUACAGGAAUUGUUCACAACUACUUUGCUUUUACUCGUCAACAUGUUGAGGAGAUGUUUCAAAUCAUCACUAGUUGA